AUGGGCCUGCAGAACCUGCCCCCAGAAAUAUUGCAGCAAAUCGCUCGACUGUACGUCAACAACGUCAGCGUCGCAGAGGCGUGGCGCAUGAGAGAAACAUGCAAGUCUGUCAGGUUAUGCAUUGAGUAUGAAGUCCUCGCCAGGCAACCGCUGGGAGCUUUUCUCCAUGCAACCCCAAUCAGGAUCAACCGGAAGAUUCUGGAAUGGAACAUCGACAAAUACCUCUUCCAUCGCGUAGACAGCCUCUACGGUGCUUACCCUUUCAUUCCCAAUUUCAUCCGCACCAUGGUCGACAUCCUGGUACAAGCCGCUGGACGCGACACGCAGGAGGUCCGAUUGCGAUACACAGAGUCGUUGUGUAAGACAUUUGCAGAUACCUACAAAGAUGCAUUCGAUUGCAUCACAACAGAUAUGACAGUAUCAAUAGCUCGAGGAAAGGUAUCCACAUCUCUGUUUGACACCGACAAUGUUCACACUCGAGUGGCAGCAGCAGCAGCAGUAGGAAGCUGCCGAGCCAUCGGGAUCUUCGUAGCCGGCGCUUACGAGAUGCUGUGGAGGGACUACAACUUGUCUGAAUGGGACAGCCUUCCGUUUGGAUCACCGCUCAACGCUGCAACGUUUUGCGGUCGCCUGACUGUGGUCAAAGCCAUCAUCAAGCGGUCUGAAGUCCACAAGGGCGACAUGAGCGAUAAGUUCUUUCCCGAUGUCUGUGAACAGGUCCUUAUCAACUCCAUCGAGUGGCAACAAGAGCAUAUCGCCAAGUUCUUGCUUGAGCAUUACAACAAAACGUUCGGGCGUCCAAGUGCAGAGGCCUUGACAAGAUGGUCAAAUGUGGCGAUCGAAGCAGGGAACGAGAACCUUGUUUCUAUCAUUUUCAAUGCGGGGACUUCGAGACUAUGUCGUCUUAUAAUCGUCGUGGCGUCGCCUACAUUUUGCUUGUUUGUUCGUCUCUUUGGGCAACAUUCCAUAGGCUCGCUCGACCGCAUCUUCUUUGCCUUUAUUCGACCUCCACGCCAAAAUCGGUCAUCAGCUUCCUCUCCUGUCGAGAGCUGGUAG